AUAGGUUUCACUUUCUCUCUACCUUCUCUUGUCAAAAAGUUGCAGAGAGAGGAGAUAGAGUGUCUAAACAAGUCUCUGAAGAUGGUAGAGGAAGAGAACAUGGUGGAGAAAGCAAAGAAAUGGAUAGAAGGUCUUGGAAAGGAGGGUAGCAUUAGUAAUGAUAUUGAAUACCUGAGUCUUUGUGACAUCCAAGUUUUAAAGGCCCAGAAAGGCUAUUUCUUCUGCAACCUCAAACUUCACCAUAAAUUAGCUGAUCAAAGUGGGAACUGUCAUGUGGGAGCAAUAGCAACCAUUAUUGAUGUAGUUGGAUGUGCAGUUAUAGCAACUUAUGAAGGAGACAUCAAAGUGUCCCUUAAUUUCAGUAUUUCUUACUUUGACACUGUUAAGAUCCAGGAAGAGGUGGAGAUUGAAGGUAAGAUGGUAGCAGAGAGAGAAAGGUUUUCAUUGACAAUAGUGGAGUUGAGGAGGAAGAAGGAUGGGGUGCUGGUUGCUUUGGGUAAACAAUGGAUGUCUCAAGUUAACUAUGGUCAAAGUCUCAGAUCUAAGCUUUGAUUUUGACAAAAUUAACUUAUUAAUGGAAAAAAGUGCAUCAACCUUCUUCAUUGGUUACAAGUUCAGAAAUCUCAUGCUACUUUUUUUGGUUGU